UGCAGCAGAACCGUCCUGUUUUAGGAUUAGUCUCUAAAGGGUUGGCUAAAGCCUAGCUUACAUAAUAGCUAUUGACUCUUAGCGCGACUGUAAAUUUUAGGGUAGAUAUAGUCACAUAUUUGAGAUUACCAGUGUUUGUUUUUUCUUCUCAUUCCUAUUUGUAAAAGAGUGACUAUACGAAAUAAAGGUUGAAAAUGUCAGUGGUAGGGUUUGAUGUGGGAUUUCAGAACUGUUACAUCGCUGUUGCCAGGAGCGGCGGCAUUGAAACAAUUGCAAAUGAAUACAGUGACAGAUGCACUCCAGCUUGUAUUUCUUUGGCAUCUAAAAACAGAACCAUCGGAAAUGCCGCAAAGAGUCAGAUUAUAACAAACUGUAAGAACACAGUCUAUGGCUUUAAGAAGUUCCAUGGUCGGGCAUUCGAUGAUCAUUUUGUUCAAAAGGAAAAAUCCAAGUUACCUUACAGUCUUCACAAGCUUGCCAAUGGCAGCACUGGAAUAAAAGUUCGUUACCUGGAUGAGGAUAAGGUGUUCACUAUUGAGCAGGUGACAGCUAUGUUGCUCACUAAGCUGAAAGAGACUUCUGAGAGUGCACUCAAGAAGCCAGUGGUGGACUGUGUGAUUUCUGUUCCUAGUUUCUAUACAGAUGCACAGCGAAGAUCAAUGAUUGAUGCCUCUCAGAUCGCUGGGCUGAACUGCUUGAGGCUGAUCAAUGAUACAACAGCAGUGGCGUUAGCCUAUGGGAUCUACAAGCAAGACUUACCUAACCCAGAAGAAAAACCCCGUAAUGUUGUUUUUGUGGACAUUGGCCACUCGUCAUAUCAAGUGUCAAUUGUAUCAUUCAACAAGGGAAAACUAAAGGUGUUGGCCACAGCUUUCGAUCCCUAUUUGGGUGGCCGUAACUUUGAUGAAGCACUCGUUGAGUAUUUCUGUGAAGAGUUUAAAGUCCGUUAUAAGUUAAAUGUGAAGCACAACCCUCGUGCCCUGCUGAGGCUCUUCCAAGAGUGUGAAAAGCUAAAAAAGCUUAUAAGUGCUAACUCUUCAGAGCUACCACUUAACAUUGAGUGCUUCAUGAAUGACAUUGAUGUUUCAGGGAAGAUGAAUAGGGGCCAGUUUGAGGAUCUGUGUGCCCAGCUUCUGAUGAGAGUGGAAGCACCACUUAGAGCUGUCAUGGAACAAUCAAAACUAGGCAGAGAUGACAUCUAUGCAGUUGAAAUCGUUGGUGGUGCUACUAGGAUUCCAGCGAUUAAAGAGAGAAUUUCUAAGUUCUUCUGUAAAGACAUCAGUACCACCCUGAAUGCAGAUGAAGCAGUGGCACGGGGAUGUGCACUACAGUGUGCAAUCUUGUCUCCAGCAUUUAAAGUCCGUGAGUUUUCUAUCACUGAUGUCAUUCCCUUCCCAAUUACUCUCCGUUGGAAGUCUCCCACAGAUGAGGGUGUUAGUGAUUGUGAGGUGUACAGCAAAAACCAUGCAGCACCCUUCUCCAAAGUCAUUACUUUCCACAAGAAAGAGCCAUUUGAUCUGCAAGCGUUUUACAGCACUUCACAAGAUCUGCCAUACCCAGACACUGCAAUAGGCCGUUUUACUAUCCAGAAUGUUGUGGCUCAGCCAGAUGGAGACAGUUCAAAGGUCAAGGUGAAAGUGCGUGUAAAUGUGCACGGCAUCUUCAGUGUAUCCAGUGCCUCACUGAUCGAGAAGCAGAAGGGUGAAGCAGAGGACGUGCAGAUGGAAAUGGAGCCCACUGUUCAGAAUGAGAGCAGGCAAGAAGAGCAGACUAAAAUGCAAGUGGACCAAGAUGGACAAUGGGAGCAGCCCAAUGAAGAGGGGAAAGUACAAGGCAUUAAUACUAAGGAUGGUGCAUCUCCUGAAAAGCAAGAGCAGGGUGCAGGGUCGAGCAAACCCAAGACAAAGGUGAAGAGUUUUGAAUUGCCGAUUCUUACCUGCACUGUCAGGCAGCUGGACAGAGAGCUGCUGAACAGACUUGUGGAAGAGGAACAUACAAUGAUAGCUAAGGAUAAACUGGAGAAGGAGAGAAUUGAUGCCAAGAAUGCUGUGGAGGAAUAUGUGUAUGACCUGCGAGGCAAGCUGGGUGGCAUCUAUGAAAAGUACAUCACUGAGGAUGACAGCAGCAGACUCAGUCUUAUGCUUGAGGAUACAGAGAACUGGCUGUAUGAAGAGGGUGAAGACCAGCCAAAAGAAAUAUAUCUGGAUAAACUGGCUGAACUCAAAAGGUUUGGUGAGCCCAUUGAAGAGCGGCACAGGGAGCAGGAGGAAAGGCCACAAGCUUUCGAUGAACUAGGGAAGAAAAUUCAGUUCUUCUUGAAGGUUUUGGAGGCAUAUAAGCAAAAGGAUGAACGUUAUCAGCACUUGAACGCUGAGGAGAUGAGCACCGUGGAGAAGAAUGUGAAUGAGGUAAUGAGCUGGAUGAAUAGCAAGAUGCUCGCUCAGAACAAACUCAGCGUCUCUCAGGAUCCAGCAGUAAAAGUAGCAGAGAUCAUACAGAAGUUUCAGGAGUUGGAGGAAAUUUGCAGUCCUGUGGUGAACCGUCCCAAACCCAAAGUUGAGGAGUCAUCAGAGGAUAACAGCGCUCACAAUGGUCCAGCAGCAGGACAUGCUGGUGAUGGCAAGAGCAACCAGCAGUCUAAGAACCAUGGAGAAAUGGAAGUGAACUGAACUGCUUAUCCAGCCUUGCCCUCAUUCUUAUAGAAAACUCCAUCAGAUCCGUGCAGCUGACUCCUAACCUGUAGCCAGCACAAGUCUCUUUGUCCACAAAUCCACUGGUUGUAGUUUUCACCUCUGCUUGUGAAAGUCUAAUUUUCGGUUGGUUUUCUGUUGUAUUUAUUUCAUUUUGGAUUCAGAUCAUCUUUUGGAUGUUACAGCUAUGUAUAACAGUAGGUCAAGUGUGAGACGUCCAUUCAAUAGACUCAGUCAAAUUAGUUGUAGCUUAACAAUCAAACAAUGCUGCCACUUUGAACAACAAAACAAUAAAUUAAGACAAUGCAAUAGCUGGAUUUGGGCUGGUUAUGUCAAAGAGGUAAUUUUUAUUGCACAGGAACAUGUUUGAGGAACAUGUAAAGUGCUACUUGAUCAUUUUUAAGAUUGAAUAA